AUGCACCUGAUACUUACCGGCGCCACUGGUCUCAUCGGCUCGAGCGUUCUCGAUGCCAUGCUCAAAAUGACCGAGGUGACGAAAAUCUCGAUUCUCAGCCGCAGACCUGUCGCGAUGGCUGAAGACGCCAAGGACCCCCGGGUCAAUGUCAUCAUUCACAAAGACUUUUCAAAGUAUGAUUCAGAAGUGCUGAGCAAGCUUCAGGGAGCAACCGGUGCAGUUUGGGCCCUGGGAGUUAGCCAAACAAAAGUCUCGAAGGAGGAGUUUAUAAGGAUCACAAAGGACUAUCCCCUUGCAAGCGCUGAAGCCUUUUCCACGUUGCCACCAAACAACGACCCUUUCCGGUUCAUCUUUGUAUCCGGCCAAGGCUCAACACAGACGCCAGGUCGAUUCACAAACCUGUACGGCAAAACAAAGGGCGAGGCCGAACUUGCCUUGUCUCAGAUGCGCAUCACCAACCCGCGUCUGUUGGCAGAUGCCGUGGGACCUGGAUUUGUGGAUGGUAAAGAUCACGCAGCCAUUCGGCCGUACCUACAGAAUCAAGGUCUCUUGAUCGACAGCACCAAGAUGUUGUUGAGGAAGCCGAUUGAAGUGGGCGCCAAGUGGUUGCAUUGCCCGAGCGAACCAAUGGGACGGUUUUUGGUUGGAAUGGCAUUGGGGAAAUAUGAAGCUCAGCUGCGAAGUGGAAACGUUGACGUGGUGACGCUGAAUGGAGGUCUGAGGAUCAUCAAGAACGUUGCGAUGAAGCAGCUGGUUGGGCUCGAGGAUGACUGA